AAGGUCCACGAAACCGGAAUUACAGCCAAAUCACUGUGCUGCUAUCAACAGUUGACUGGAAUCCACACGAGAUCUGUUCUGUGAGCACUGUAUACUCAGAUUAUCAAACCAUACGAGUUGAUUUGUUCUCAAUCAAAGCAAAUUAAGUAAAUCGGCGAAUUUAUCAUUUGUGCAGGAGUCUCUGACGCGAAUAAUCCACAUCAACUGCUGUAUAUAAUUGUGCAUCUGUCCAGUGUUUCAUCUAAACCGAUUUUACAUGAACAGAUAAUGGCUUUGUCUCGGGUGUUUUUCCGUUUACAUGGCUAUUUGCGACCCAUAUCGAAAACACAGGCUCCUUUGGUCUCCCGACUCAUACGGACCCAGAAUGAAGCGAGGUAUUGGCAGUGUACUGCUGCUCCACAGUCGACGAGUUGUCGCUGGCAACUUCAGGAAGAAUGCCUUGAGCUCAGCUAUGGAGGACUUGUUAUGCACUUUGACUAUGUGUGGCUACGGGAUCAUUGCCGCUCUGCCUCCUGCUACAACAGCAAGACCAACCAGAGGAACCUAGAUACGUCACAUGUGGAGCUGAACAUAUGUCCCGCCAACACCAGGGUGGAUGAUGAGAAUCUCUUCCUCACAUGGCCCGAUGGUCAUGUGACAAAGUACAACCUGAGUUGGCUGGCUCAGAACAGCUAUGAGGGACAGAAGCAGAGUGCCAUGCAGCCACGCAUCAUCUGGAACUCUGACAUCUAUGCCAAUGCCAAGGUGUCCCCUGCCAAUUGGGACAAGUUUAUGACCUGUGACGAUGAACUGAAGAAGUUCCUCAGGAACUUUCUGCUGUAUGGCAUUGCUUUUGUGGAGGGUGUCCCACCAACUGUUGAGGCCACAGAGACUGUUACCCAGAGGGUCAGCCUCAUCAGGGAGACUAUGUAUGGCAAGAUGUGGAACUUCACUUCAGAUUUCUCCCGAGGAGACACUGCCUACACCAAACUGGCCCUGGACUGUCACACAGACACCUCAUACUUCCAGGAACCUUGUGGGAUCCAAGUGUUCCAUUGCCUUAAACACGAGGGAACGGGAGGAAGAACACUACUCGUGGAUGGAUUCUAUUCUGCAGACCAAGUACUCCAGAAGACACCUGACAACUUUGAGCUGCUAGCACGGGUGCCUAUCAAGCAUGAGUACAUUGAGAAUGUCAGCGACCACCGCAACCACAUGAUAGGCAUCGGCCCUGUGCUCAACAUGCAUCCCUGGAACAAUGAGGUGUACAUGAUCCGAUACAAUAACUAUGACCGGGCAGUCAUAAACACUAUCCCCCAUGACGUUGUCAAUCGAUGGUAUGUGUCUCACAGACAGUUGACCACAGAGCUGAGGAAGCCAGAGAAUGAGUUGUGGGUCAAACUGAAGCCUGGAAAGGUUCUCUUCAUUGAUAACUGGCGUGUCUUGCAUGGUCGGGAGUCCUUCACAGGCCUGCGGCAACUGUGUGGCUGCUACCUGACCAGAGACGACGUCUUGAACACUGCCCGCUCCCUGGGUCUGCAGGCCUGAGUGAAGAAGAGUCUCCAGCCAAAAGCUGCAAUAUUUUGGAGAUAAAAGCUGCAGCCCUGCUUCUUCAGAAUACCAUAUUAUUAAAUCAAAUCAACAACAAAAAAA